AUGCACUGUCAGCACUGGGUCAGAGCUGGUACUGCCCACAAGUUGUCCUUACAGCUUAGGAAUCAAGUUGAUCAGCGCCUCACAAUCGUUUUGUGGGGUGAUAAUGCUGAGGUGGUUAGUGAUGUCCUUCAUUACAGCAUCAAUUACAGCAUCAACCGUGCUUUGAUAUGCGUUGUCAGAUUUGGGAAGAUUAGUGUCUGCCAAUCAGAACGUAGUGUUUCCAACGUCUACAAUAUUUCUGAUAUUGCCUUGAAUCCUGAUAUGGAUGAGGUUGAAGCUUUCUUGAAACUGGACCAACUGUCUGAGAUUGUACAGGUUCAGAUGUGUAUUAUCACGUGUACCAUUGCUGCGAUAGAUACUGAUAAGAGGUGGUACUAUUUGAGUUGCAAAGUCUGCGGAAAUGAAAUUUUGAAAGUGUCUGACGACGGGUCUGCUGGUGGAGCUGAUGAUUUAAAUACUUUCCAUAAUUACUACUGUGUCAAGUGUAAAACUUAUAGUCCAAAGCCCGAUACAAGGUACAUGUUAAAUUUGGUUGUUCUUUACAAUACUGGCGUCACCAAUUUCCUUCUACUCGAAAACCUAGCACAACAACUACUUGGACAACCUUGCAUUGCAUUAACUGGUGGUGGAAACACUGCUGUGAUCCAGGGACGUCCUCUCCCUGCCGUUCUCACAAAGUUGGUUGGUAAAACAUAUGUCUUCAAGAUUAAUAUUGAUAAGGAUAAUUAUCCGUACACGCACGAGCCUUUCAAAGUUCUGAAGAUUAUAACAAGUACGGACAUGAUUUAUGAGCUUGCUGUCAACCAUUCUCAUGUGUAUACUGGAAGCACAAAUUGUCGCGCGAUUUCAAGUCAGUUAUAUCCACCCGAGGGAUCUACAUCUAAGCUAUGUGGUUCGUAUAAUCAUGUACUGGCUGACUAUCUCACACCUGCUAAAAGGCGUGGAUCCCCUUUUUCAUUAGACGUAGCUGAAAGUUUAGAGAUGAAUUGUGUGACAAAGGGAUCGUGUUCGGUUGACGAAUGUGGAGUGAAGAAAAAGAGCAAAGAGAUGUAUAUGAAGGAGAAGAGUGAUGAGAUGCAUAAGAAGAAGAGUGAUGAGAUGCAUAAGAAGAAGAGUGAAUAA